AUGUCUUGGUUCAGCGGCGCUCAAGUUCCCGUUGCAGACCUAGAAAAUAAAAUCAGUGAAGCUACCUCAGAAUCGAUUCCAAAUGGUGAAAUUGACUUAUCUAUAGGCCUCGAGAUUACUGAUCUCAUAAGGAGUAAAAAGAUCCCACCCAAGCAAUGUAUGAGAGCAUUGAAAAAAAGACUUACUUUAGUUUACCAGAAUCCCAAUUUAUUGUCUUCGACAUUGAAAUUAGUUGAUUUGUGUGUCAAGAACGGGGGCUACCAUUUUUUGGUGGAGAUUAGCACCAAGGAAUUUAUCGAUUACUUGGUAGAUUUCAUAUUUAUUGUACAUUAUAAUACCAAAGAUCAAGUUUCAAAUGAAAGCGAUGCUAAAUACAGGGUUGGAAUGUUGAUAUUAUCCUUGCUUAAAGAAUGGAAAAUAUAUUUCGAGAAUCAAAUGCAAUUAAACUAUGUUGAAAAACGGUAUAAUCAACUCGUCAACCAGGGAUAUGAAUUUCCAAAUAGUGAUUUCACCGAACAGCUUAAUUCGAAAUUUAUUGACAGUGAUGCUCCUCCUGAUUGGGUAGACAAUAAUGAAUGCAUGAUAUGCUAUACACCAUUCUCCUUAAUGAAUAGAAAGCAUCAUUGUAGAUCAUGUGGAGGUAUUUAUUGUCAGACACAUUCUUCGCAUAGGUCUCCUUUAGUUUCUUUGGGUAUAAUGGAUCCUGUUAGGGUUUGUGACAAUUGCUACGAAAGAAUCAAAAUGAAGAAUGGCAGCAAUUUGUCAAGAGUGAAGUCAUCGCGGAAAACUAAUUCGCGACUGAUUGACCAAAGUAACGAGAACGAAGAUGAAGAUUUAAGAAGAGCUAUUGAGCUAAGUUUACAGGACGGUACAAUUUCUAUGGUGGAAACACCUCAGGCACCUCAAACUAUUCAAGCGCCUGCUGGGGUGUCUAACCCCGGAAUUGAUGUGGACGAGGAGGAUGAAGACAUGAAAGCUGCAAUUGCUGCAAGUUUAAAGGAACAAGAAGAGCAUGAAAAAGCGAUGAAAAAAAGAAAUGAAAUGGCUUCAAAUACAAGGUAUCCCUCACAGAAUGCAGUGUCAUCAGAUUUAUACAGUAAUAUUUUGCCUUUCGAUGAAGAGAAUCAGACACCAAAUGCGACACUCUCACCGAAGCAACACAGAGAACGUCAUACCGUCAAACUCGAAGACUUGACCCCAAAAGAAGAGGAGCAGAUUAAUUUGUAUAUAACACUAAUGAUGCAAAUUAGGAAUGAUCCGGCAAAGCAAGAAAACAUACUUUAUGACUCAAACUUAAAUGAAUUGCAUUCUCAAGUUAUAAGAUUAAAGCCGAAGUUGAAUAAGUCUCUUAGGUCUUCCAUUGAAAGAUAUGAAGCAUUUUUGGGCCUAAACAAUAAAAUUUCGACGAUUACAAGAUUAUAUGAUCAAUUCUUGGAGUCAAAGUUGAGCAUGGCAUAUGGAAAUCAUGCAAUAAAUUCAUCUAAUGCAGAAAUAUCCGGCCCGUCCACAUAUGGUGUUGAAUAUACAAAUCUACUGAACCAGUAUAAUGAUUACAAUAGUCUGCAAAAUAGAGCAUCUGGAUAUCUUCAGUAUAAUCCAUCUGGGUCAUUAUCAAAUCAACAGACUGGAUAUUCUAAUCCAAUGUUAGAGCAAAGGUCUGGGUAUUCAUAUCAGCAAAACCCUCAAGGGAUUAAUACUCAGGACCCGUCAUUUCUCCAAGAACCAAGCGCUCCUGAUUAUCCAACUUCCCACAAGGAAUACGGGUAUCUGUAUGAAUCACAACCAGAACAAGACAUUGGACCAGCUCACCCCAUUAAUCAAAGUUCCAGAGGCGAGUCAGAAAUUCCACAGCAGCAGGCUCUGUUUUACGGUAGUCCGCCCUAUCUACAAUAUCAGCAGAGUCAAAACUACGAGGAACAACCACAGGUUGCAAGCUAUAGCAGCCCUCAGAGCCAAGAACCAAGUGAACCAGUUUACCCGGGUGCCGAGUAUAACUCGAAUGAUAAUUUAUCGAAAGAAUCAGCCUCUUCAAAGUUCCCUCCAAUUGAAGAAAUUGAAGCACCUCACACGCAAGUCCCAAAUCUAAAUUAUCAACUACAGAAUAAUCUACCAGAUUUACCAACGCUACCUCCACCGACAGGUAAAAAUGACGAAGUAUCUGAGAGCCAUGCUUCAGAACCAGAACCUCUUAUUGAAUUGUAA